AUGACGAUGGGAGAACAACCACAGCAAAACCAUCUACUAGAGGCAAUGGAAUCAAGCUAUACGGGUAGCGGAAGCAGUGGUAGUCAUGGAGGAGGGUCAAUUGCGACAGACAUUUCGAUAGAGGCCGGCUUCACCAGGAGUCUCAACAUACAGGACUUGCCAAGUGAAGAGUUCAACGCACCACAAGAAACAGUGGAUUUUCAAUUGGCGGAAGAACUAAAUGGGCUUUCAAUGCAACAAAGAGAUCAAGCGCUUCACGAGAUUCAUGGAAUAUCCGCUCCGAUUGAGGAAUCGCCAGAGUUAGUCAUGCAGAAACGGAUGGAAUUGGAUGCUGCUUUACGGAAACUAGCUGCCAAGAAAUCAUCAUCUGCUUAUCGCCUGGCAGUUGCAGUGAAUCCUGGAUAUGUAUCAUCAGAAUCACUGCAACUGAUGUUCCUUCGAUCAGAAGAGUUUGACGCAAGCAACACAGCCAAGAAGAUGGUCAAGUUUUUUGAAGCAAAGCUUGAGUUGUUUGGUAGUGAUGCUAUGCAACGAGAAAUUCGAUUAAACGACUUGAGCAAGGACGAUAAGAGAAGUCUAGAGUCUGGAUUCUUUCAGGUGUUACCAUCUCGAGAUGUAGCAGGGCGAGCCAUUAUUGUUGGAUUGCCAAUGCUGCGAAAGUAUAAGAAAUUGGAAAACUUGGUCCGAGCCUUCUGGUACACUAUCUUUUUGGCGCUACAGGAUGUCCAGACACAGAAAAAUGGCUUUGUCAUGAUUGGUUUCAAUACUGGCAAAAACAGAGUGAUGGAUCGUGGAGCAGCCUGGGCAGUCCAAAAGAUUGCUCGGCUCAUCCCGAUGCGCAUGUCGAGUAUUCAUUUCUGCUACGACGCUCUCACCAUGAAACCUAUGAUGACUGUAGCCAUGAUGGUCAUGGGAGCAAGGAGGAGGGUUCGGUUUCGAUCCCAUUAUGGCACAUGCAAAGAACAUCGGUAUAAGUUGUUGACUUUUGGAUUACCGGUAGGGGCAAUGCCGGUGACGGAAGAUGGAGAACCGAAGACAAAGGCACAUCGAGCAUGGGUUAAGAGUUUACAACAGCAAGAGGAAAAUUCUACCAUGAGCAAGAACAUUAUUGUUCCUGGUCGGUUUGACGUUUUGUUUGGACGGGGCAAGCCGAUUCAAGAGCAUUAUGGGAAUUUGAGGUAUCAUUCACUGCUUGACAAUUACCAGUCCGAGUAUGAACAAGCAAAGAAGUUUGAUAAAAUGGAAAUUGCACAAAAAACAGUGGAUCAGGUUCAUAGCUAUGCUGGUCGAUUUCUGAAACAGGAGGGUGCUGUCUGGAUUGCGGUAGACGAUUCAGUUGCCCGCGAGAAGGUGAGCCAUGCCUUCCGAACAAGGCGAUCUACAGCCAACGCUUGA